UCUCACUCUACUACUUGACUCUGUAACAGUCCCACAUUUCCUGGUGUCCAUUCACCUCACUCCAUCGCUGCAAGACAAUGAAGGACACACACACCCUGCUCAAUCUGCUUCUGCUGUUUGUGUACCUUGCAGGAUCAGCUGUGACCACUGAUGGAGUGAAGGACAGUCCCAAUGGUCCCUUGGAACUAACCAUUUUGGGACCUGACUUUGUGACUGUGGGCGUGCCAUGCAGUUUUGACUGUUCCGCCCAGUGCUCUCCCUCCUGUAGCUACAGAAUGAGUAUCGACGGGCAGAUUGGGCAGGGGAACGAAGUGUUCUUCACAGCUCGCCAAUGGGAGGAGUCCCUAAACCUCACAUGCACUGCAAGGAAUGAUGACUCUGGGAGGUACUCUACAGUAACAAGGAUACUGCAGGUUUUAGCUGGACCAAGCAACGUAUUGAUCACAGGCCCUGACUUGAUGACCCCAGGGGCCCCACAAAGCUUCAAGUGUAACGCCGACUGUCGUCCCUCCUGCAMCUACAUCUGGGGGAUAAAGGGCCGAUGGCCUGGGGGACAGGGGAACGAGAUUACCGUAACUCCCGAAGAGUUGGCCACUUCUGCUACCCUGAACUGCAAGGCCAUCAACAGUGUGUCUGGGCUCUAUGCCAUGGCAACCAGGACCAUACCUGUGACAUCUGGUCCAUCAGAGGUCCACAUCAUAGGCCCAGACUCUGUUGCAGUCGGCUUCAAGUCCAAGUUUCGGUGCACUGCCAAAUGCAUUCCUGCUUGUGACUACUGGUGGACCRUUGAUGGUCACACUGUUUAUGGCAGUGAGAUGGAGAUGASGGUUGAGCGACAUGUAAAGUCAGAGAAGAUUAAGUGCCACGCUCAGAAUACGGUCUCAAAGAAUUUUGACUUGGUAACCAAGACCGUACGGGUGGAAGAUGAUGGAAAAUCCAUGGCCACACAGGCUAAACAGACUAUAGACCUGCUUCUGUUUGCCUUUACACUCUCACUCUACACUGUAAUAUCACCAUGAUCCAGGAGAGGGCAGUUUUGUACAAGGCAGUAAACUGUUCUCCAAAUGCACAUCUGAAUAAUUUGAAAACAUGUCAGCAUUAUUACAAACAGUGCCUUCCAUAUCAGGAUGUUAACCAUAUUUGCUGAUGAUAAGUGAAGUGGAAAGGCUUGGCUGAAUCUUUCAAUGUGUGCAAGCAUCAUCACGUGUAUACCCUAUUUGGAUUAAAUAUUUAAUAAAGACAAAUUUACAUUAA